GACAUUAUUACGACCUUCAUACGGCAGCGUUUGACCGGCGAGCGCGGAAUUUGUAAACACAGCUCCCGGUCACAUUGUAAAGAUUGAUGUAGCUCUUUGAGAAGUUUUAAUAAUCAGUUUUUCGUGGCUUAGCAUUAUUUUACACCAUCUAAUUUGCCCGCUGUGAAGUUAGUCGACCGCUUUUAGCCCUUUUCAAAAGUUUUAAAUGGUGGAUAUUGUAGCUUUAGUUAGCUAUCUCAGCUAACAUGCUAACACAGUGGAGAGCCAGCAGAAGUGGGUCUGCCCGGAGGACCGGCUACCUCGCGUGAGGGCGGCCAGGCAUGUUAGUAGUGCGCCUCAUCGGGGGAUCCUUGCCUCGAUCGGGACUACAGCAGCGGGGUUUCUGUGCGGCGCUGAGUGUCCGGUGUCCGGAGGCACCGCGGCAGGAAGACAUGAUCCGGAACCGGGCUCAGAUUAAGCGGGUCCUCUGCGUAGCCGAGAAGAACGAUGCAGCCAAAGGCAUCUCAGGGAUCAUGUCCAACGGCAGAGCCCGGAGGAGAGAGGGAAUGUCAAAGUUCAAUAAAAUCUAUGAGUAUGAAUACAAUCUCUUUGGCCAGAAUGUGACAGUAACAAUGACGUCAGUGUCCGGCCAUUUACUGGCGCUGGAGUUUAAAGCACCAUUUCAGAAAUGGCACAGUUGCAAUCCCGUGUUGUUAUUUGAUGCUGAGGUAGCGAAGUACUGUCCAGACAACAUGGUACAAAUCAAGAGGACACUAGAGAAAGAGGCGAGGCAGUGCCAGGCAUUAGUCAUCUGGACUGAUUGUGACAGAGAGGGAGAAAACAUUGGCUUUGAAAUCAUAGAUGUCUGCAAAGCAGUGAAGCCCAAUUUACAAGUUUUUCGGGCAAAGUUUUCUGAGAUCACCCCGAACUCCAUUCGGCGAGCCUGCGAGACUCUAACGGAGCCGGAUUUGAACAUCAGUGAUGCCGUUGAUGUCCGUCAGGAGCUCGACCUGCGCAUAGGUGCAUCCUUCACUCGGUUUCAGACGCUCCGCCUGCAGAAGAUCUUUCCAGCGGCUCUGGCCAAUCAGCUGAUCUCAUACGGCAGCUGUCAGUUUCCCACUUUGGGCUUUGUGGUGGAGCUGUUCAAAGCCAUCCAGGCUUUCAUUCCUGAGACUUUCUAUAAGAUCAAAGUGGUGCACGAGGGCGAGGACGGCACUGUGGAGUUCAGCUGGAAAAGAAACCGUCUUUUCAACCACACUGCUUGCCUGGUGCUGUACCAGAUCUGCAUGGAGGAUCCCAUAGCAACAGUCACCUCAGUAACCAGCAAACCCAAGAGCAAGUGGAGACCGCUGCCUUUGGACACCGUGGAACUGGAGAAACUGGCCUCUCGGAAGUUACGAAUAAGCGCCAAAGAGACCAUGAAAAUCGCAGAGAAACUCUAUACCCAGGGGUUUAUCAGCUACCCCCGCACAGAGACAAACAUUUUCCCCGCAACUCUGGUUCUCGGCCCCCUGGUGGAGCAGCAGACUCAAAGCCCGGUGUGGGGGACGUUUGCCCAGCGGGUGCUCGAGCAGCCUGGGGGUCCCAACCCGCGGCAGGGGAAGAACUCUGACCAAGCCCACCCUCCCAUACACCCCACCAAGUACACCGAUACACUGCAGGGCAACGAGGGACGUGUGUAUGAGUUCAUUGUGCGGCACUUCCUGGCCUGUGUAUCCCAGGAUGCCUUGGGCCACGAGACAGUGGUGGACAUAGACAUUGCCCAAGAGGAAUUCUCCACGUCAGGACUCAUGAUCAUUGCGAGGAACUACCUGGAUGUUUACCCGUAUGACAGGUGGAGCGCCAAGGUGAUCCCAGUGUACGAGCAGGGCUCCCAUUUCCAGCCCUCUGCUGUUGAGAUGGUGGACGGACAGACGAGUCCUCCGCAGCUGCUCACAGAAGCCGACCUCAUAUCACUGAUGGAGAAGCAUGGCAUUGGCACAGAUGCAACCCAUGCAGAGCACAUUGAGACUAUAAAGAGCCGCAUGUAUGUGGGCCUGACAGCUGACCAGAGGUUUCUCCCCGGAGAGCUCGGCAUGGGGCUGGUGGAGGGCUACAACUCCAUGGGUUAUGAGAUGUCCAAACCAAACCUGCGUGCUGAACUGGAGGCAGAUCUCAAGCUCAUAUCAGAAGGCAGGAAGGACAAACAGAGUGUGCUGCUGCACCACAUCCAGAAAUACAAGACUGUCUUCAUUGAGUCCGUCAGAAAGGCAAAGAAGUUAGACGAAGCCCUGUCGCCUUAUCUGGGUGCAGCUCAGGAGAUCACCGAAGCAGAGCAGCAGGACAUGGAGAUCCCGCUGCCAGUCAGGAAGUGUCCUCACUGUGGGCGGGACAUGGUGCUGAAGAAGAAGAGGGAGGGAAACAGUAAGUACCUGUCCUGUGUGGGUUACCCAGCCUGUAAGACAGUGGUGUGGUUCCCUGACACAGUGCUGGACGUCACCAGAGAUGACAGCGUGUGUCCCACCUGUCAGCCAUGGCCCAUUCACAUGUUGAAGUUCAAGUUCCGCAGGGGCAGCCUCCCUCCCAUGAUGCCUUUGGAAUUUGUCAGCUGCAUCGGUGGAUGUGACGAGACGCUCAGAGAGGUGCUGGACCUGAAAUACCUCCGAGCAGCAGGAGGAGGAGGAGGAGGGGGAGGAAGAGGAGAUGACCCACAGCCCCUCAGACCAGAGCCACCCAGAGCUCCACAGUCCAAUCCACAAGCUUCCCGCCCUCUUGUCCCCUCCUGGAUCCCGCAGCCUCGACCUCCACCAGCUGGCAGCAGUGGCAGUGUAGACAGCAGCAACGAUGUGAUCGUGUGUAACUGUGGGCAGGCUGCACUCCUCCUCACGGUGCGUAAAGACGGUCCCAACCAGGGGCGUCAGUUCUACAAGUGCAACGCUGGGAGCUGCAACUUCUUUCUGUGGGCAGAUCAAUCAAGUCAGCAGGGGGCACCACAGAGCAGAGGGCCUCCACCUGCAGCACCGAGGACCUCCCAGCCUCCAAGACCCUCACUGGGGUUCAGGAACACAUCUGCAGGAUGCAGGGGUGCAGGAGGACGUGCAGGCCAGAGCAUGUGUAACUGUAAUGAGACAGCAGCGACACGCACUGUGCAGAAGGACGGGCCGAACAAGGGCCGAAUGUUCCACACCUGCGGGAAGCCAAGAGAGCAGCAGUGUGGCUUCUUCCAGUGGGCUGACGAGAACGUACCUCCGCCAGGUGGUUUCAGUGGUGGAUUUUACAGUGGAGACGAAGGGAGGAACGGGAGGAACGGGAGGAGGCCGACAGGAGAUGACACUGCUAGCAAACCUCCCACUGCUAAGAGACCUCGCACCUGUGGUAUCUGCCAUAUGCCGGGACACACCCGCAACACCUGUCCCCAGCGGUGACAGCUGGCUAGACACUGACUGUGAAGCUGCGAUGUGGAGUUACUGGAAUUUUCUUUUCAAAUAUACAGAAACUCGAGGGGUGGACCUCCUCCUCUCGGAUAGACGCCCCUCUCCUGGCCUUGGAGGGAAAGUCAGGCUCAUUGUUGGGAUUGAGUUAAUCUGCUGUGUCUGUUUGGUCCAGCUUGAUGCAGAAUCCAUCCAAGGAUCCUUAAAGGAAUUUAGGAUCUUAGGAAAUGAGAUUUUUUUUUGCUGAGAGUUAAGAUGAUCAACACCUCAUACGGUAUAUGUGGAGCCAGCAGCUGUUUAGCUUAGCAUAAAGUCUCCUCCACAGCUCACUGAUUAACAUGUUAGAUCUUAUAUGUUUAAUCUGCACCUAAACUGAAGGAAAAAAUACAUUUCACAUAUUACGAGGUUUAAGUGAACAAGCUUAAUAGUCUAAUUUCCCGAGAUGUCAGACUUUUCCUGUAAAGCUCACUGCAGCACAGAUGUAUGCUAGACACAACUGUUUGGACUGUCGGUCUGAACUGGAGGACGGUGACUCGGGCGCUGAUGCUGCUUUUAAAGAAUAAAUGUAUAUUUUAUAGAAAACCUGUAUGAUAAAACAAACCUGGCUGACUCGAUGAAUGCUAAUAAACUUUAAUAUUCUGUCACCCUCCGUGGUUGUCAGUGCUCU